GCGAUGCUAUGCUACAUUAGUUGUUUGGAUGUUUUAUGCGGUGGUCGUUGUUGGUCUUUCGUCGUUCGUCGUUCGUUUAGUAGUUGUCGUUAGUUGUGGCGCAUGCAAUUUGUGUAAGAUUAUUUGAAAUAUUCGUGUGAAAAGCAAAACUCAAGUAUUAGCUUUCACGGUUUUUGGUGUAGAAAUGUCGUUAAUUGCAAGUGGCGACGUUUGAAAGUAAACAUUUAAACUUCUUACAUUGGCAUUUUUUAAAACUUUCGAAAGUUUUCCUUUUGCGAUUUUAAUACUAACAGGUAUCGUAAUUAUUUGUGUUGCAGUUACGGGCUUUGCUUUAAGAACAUCACAAGCUAAAAAGUUCUGAAGCUUAAGUGCGGCGCGGCAUGGUGCGGUGCGGUGCGGUGAAGUGAAGCAAAAUUAGUGGCUAAAAAUGUUUUUGUCAUAAAUUUUUGUCUUGUAACUGAUUGAAGCCAAAAAUACAUUUAAAUAAAAAGAUAUUCAGUUGUUUUUGAAUUGGUGAUUGUUGUGAUUUUAAUAUUUUUUAAUUUGCGCGGAACGUGCGUUUUCCAUGGCCGGAAAUUCGCGUGCAUCUGUCAUGAAAUUGAGAAAAUAAUAUCGCCUGCCAGUAAUGGCCUACAGAGUCUUCCAAUCGUUCAGGCAAAACUUGGAACUGACAACAUUCUAUUAGACUUUUUAAAUGAAAGUGCAACAAGUGCUACGAGUUUAAUGGAACCUGCGAUGGUUCUCCGUUCUACCAAUCAGAACUCCAAUUUAAUCAUAAACGUUUAAGUGCUUUGAAAUAAUAUUUGAAAAAGAACAAUUUACAGUGCUUUUCAAAAAUCAGUCAUUAAUCAAAUACGUGAAGGCUACAAAAUGGGCUUCUCAUCGGCCCUGCAGGGCCGUGCAGCGCACGAGGCGCUCAUAGUUCGUCAGGACGCUGAAUUACGUCUAAUGGAAACCAUGAAACGGUCUAUACAAAUGAAGGCGAAAUCCGACAAAGAGUACGCAAUAAGCUUGUCUGCAGUUGCGCAGCAAGGAUUGAAGAUCGAUCGCGCCGAUGAAAUGCAAGGCAGCCAAAUUACAAAAUCCUGGCGUUCCUAUAUGGAUGAACUGGAUCAACAAGCCAAACAGUUUAAAACCAAUGCCGAGCUACUUGAAGUGGUUUGUGAGAAACUUACGCACUUGUCGCAGGAUAAACGUAAGGCUCGCAAGGCCUAUCAGGAAGAACAUGCAAAAAUUGCGGCACGCUUAAAUCAUCUUACAGAUGAAGUGGUGCGUAAAAAGGCCGAAUAUCAAAAACAUCUUGAGGGUUAUAAGGCCCUAAGAACACGGUUUGAAGAGCAUUAUAUAAAAUCUGGCCGGGGUGGACGCAAAUUGGAUGAUGUGCGAGAUAAAUACCAGAAAGCCUGCCGCAAACUACAUCUGACACACAAUGAGUACGUAUUGUCGAUAACAGAGGCCGUUGAGGUGGAAAAAGACUUCCGUACGGUACUACUUCCGGGAUUAUUAGAGCAUCAGCAGUCUGUACAGGAAAGUUUUAUAUUAUUGUGGAAGAACAUAUUGCAAGAAACAAUACAGCACAGUGAUUUUACAUCGGAUAAAUUUAAGGAGAUACAAAAUCGUAUAGAUAAUGUGAUAAACAGCAUAAAUCCCAAUGAAGAAUAUCGGGAAUUUACAGAGAAGCAUAAAACUUCACCCACCUCACCACUGGUAUUUCAGUUCGAUGAAUCUCUUAUUGAAGAUAUACCGGGCAAGUUACAAGCGAGCACAUUAACAGUUGAUAAUCUCACUGUAGACUGGCUGCGUACACGUCUUAUGGAUUUGGAACUAUCCGUUAAAGAUUGUCAGGAACGGCAAUUAAAAAUGAUUGAACACGUGAAUGGUGGCUCUCCAAUAGCAAAUGGUACUGUUAUUUCGAAUGGUAGUACUACAAAUGGAAUACAAUCAAUCAAAGAUAGUCAAAAUCGUCAGUCAAAAGAUUUAAAUGCACUUCGUUGUCAAGAAAAACAGAAACAAAAAUUGGUGGACAUGAUUAAAUGUGCUUUGAAUGAAGUUGGCUGUGAAGAGUUGCCAUCAGGAUGUGAUGAUCAUUUGGAGCCUAAUUUUAUUGAAAAUGGUUUCAACAACGAUCAACAGAACAUGAACUCGAAUUCUUCAACGACUUCCGCUAGUGUAAGUAUACUGAACGAGUUGCGUCGACGCGGUGGAGUUCUUACCCUUUUACGUGGCCGUCACUUCAAACGCAAAUCAACACCUCAGCCAACAACACCAACAACGCGGGCUCGUACACCGCGUUUCAACAAAUUGCAGCCGCGAUCUCAAAGUCUUGGAUCGCUUUCGGUAAAUACCAGCCCUGCUAGAUACGAGCCCAUUACUAACCCUUUACGCAUGGCUGCUAGUGUGGAAGCUCAUAAUAGUUACGGUUUGCAUGAGAUGGAAUUUGAAUCCGUUAUCGUGUUUGAACGUGGCGUAGCGACUAAGUUCUUACCAAAACUGCGGCGCACACAAUUCUCCCAAUUGUGCCUCGCUGAGGAGCCUUUUCAGAGCACUAACAAUACGGUUAAUGCUUGCAGUUCGCUUGAUAAAGUUUCAAAUACUAACAAUAAUAACAACAAUAACAUUUAUACAGACUUAGAAAUGGGAUUUGGGAAUGAUGGCAAUAAUAAUGGCGACUGUGAGAGUAUUAAAAGUGGCGAACUGGCUCUGCGGCAAGAAAAUGUAAAAAUUGAAAUCAACAGAGAAGACAGUAUAAACAAACGCAUUUUGCAUUCAAUUAAAACUACUAACACAACUUUAUCUCAAAGCAAUAGAGAUAUUAUUCCACUUCCCCUCUUAUCCAUUGCCGAACCACCUAAAGAAGAGCCUAUCAAAAAUUCUAUAGAUGCACAUCUAGAUAAAAUAGAUGAACUUAACCGAGCAUUAGAUGAUAGACUGAAACGUUGCUUACCACUUCCACCAGUUUCAACAUCAAAUAUGGACCUCGACGCAAUUGAAGCAAUAGAUGCAAUUACAAUUUCACGAUCGAAUGGCGAUCAAGAUUUUGGCACAAACUGUUGCUCCAAGCGAACGUCAAGUUCCAGUUCUGAUUGCAGACCUAAUUUGCAAAGAAAAGAUAGCCAUUCCUCGCAAAAUAAUAAUAAAAAAAGAUCUAUGUCUUUCUCUCAAAAAUCCAUUAACGCCAUUUUAACUAAUAUCAAAGAAUUCUCUAAAAGUCCAUUAGGUCGUUUACAAAAAUCUACUCAUACAAAUAAUACUGCUGGAAACAAUGAACUUCUGAGAAACACCGAAGAGAGCAUUACUUCCACUGAUACUCCACAACUACAGUGCAACAGUGAAAGUAAAAGCUCACUUCAAAGUCUGAAAAACGAAAGCCUAGCAACUGACUCCGAAAACUCCAACAUAGUAAAUCCAAGUGGUUGCCCAAAUUCCACUAAUUCUGAAUUACAAACUCACACAAACAUCAAAAACAAUAAUAAAAACAACAUCGGUAACAGUAUUACAAAUGCAACAAAUCCGUCCAAGGAACCCGGUACAAAACUUAAAUUUAAGGUGCCAAAAAUACAAAAGAAAUCCAAAGCUAUACGCAAUACGUUCCGUUCUAAACUCAUCAACUUUCAGUUAAAACGAGGCAAACUUUGCAAAAUCUGCACGAAACGCCAGCGCAUACAUCCAAGCAAAAGUGUUUUCGACUUCGCCAGAGAAUUUAAUAUUAGCAAUGAUGGAGAAGAAUUCUGCACGUGUCCACAAGAGAUGACAUCCUCACUAAAACGAAAAAAAAUGGUCCACUGCUCUACAAAUACCGAGCAACCAUUUGAGUUGGCAAACUCAGUCGAUGCGGAGGAUGAAGAGAGUAGUGAUGAUGUGCUCAGCAUGAAGGAACACUGCUACUGUGUACCCAGUCUGGCAACGAGUAUGUCAUUGUCCACGAAUCGACCGCUCUAUGAAGAAGAAUGGUUUCACGGCGUCUUGCCCCGUGAGGAAGUGGUGCGUUUACUCAAUAACGAUGGUGACUUCUUGGUGCGCGAAACUAUACGUAACGAAGAGAGUCAAAUUGUACUCAGUGUUUGUUGGAAUGGACAUAAACAUUUCAUAGUGCAAACCACAGUAGAUGGGCACUUUCGUUUUGAAGGACCACCUUUCCCCAGCAUACAAGAAUUGAUAAUGCAUCAGUAUCAAUCAGAAUUGCCAGUUACUGUGAAGUCCGGUGCUAUUUUAAGACGUCCUAUCUGUCGUGAACGUUGGGAGCUUAGUAAUGACGACGUUAUAUUGCUGGAGAAAAUUGGAAGGGGUAACUUCGGCGAUGUCUAUAAAGCUAAGUUAAAAUCUUCAAAAUUGGAUGUUGCUGUCAAAACUUGCCGCAUGACAUUACCGGAUGAACAGAAGCGAAAGUUUUUGCAGGAGGGUCGCAUACUUAAACAAUAUGAUCAUCCAAAUAUAGUAAAACUCAUAGGCAUAUGUGUGCAGAAGCAACCCAUAAUGAUUGUUAUGGAAUUGGUACCAGGCGGUUCACUGUUAAAUUAUCUGCGUAAAAAUUCAAAUUCACUUACGUAUCGGCAGCAAAUGGGCAUGUGUAGAGAUGCGGCGGCUGGUAUGCGAUAUUUGGAGUCAAAGAAUUGUAUCCAUCGUGAUCUUGCCGCACGGAAUUGUUUGGUGGACUUCGAAAACUCUGUUAAAAUAUCUGAUUUUGGUAUGUCCAGAGAAGAGGAGGAAUACAUAGUUUCAGAUGGCAUGAAACAAAUACCGGUCAAAUGGACUGCUCCGGAAGCUUUAAAUUUUGGAAAAUAUACAUCGCUAUGUGAUGUGUGGUCAUAUGGCAUUUUAAUGUGGGAGAUUUUCUCUAAAGGUGAUACGCCCUAUUCAGGCAUGAGUAAUUCACGCGCACGUGAACGCAUCGACACUGGCUAUCGCAUGCCGGCACCUGAAAAUACCGCUCCGGAAAUGUAUCGCCUUAUGUUAAAGUGUUGGGCUGCUGAAGCUGAAUCUCGUCCCCAUUUCGAUGAAAUUUUCAAUGUCGUCGAUGCACUGAUUUUGCGUUUACAAAAUAGUCACUAAAAAAAUUAUAUAAAUAACUAAUAAUUAUAUUUUUAAAAUUAAAACAAAUUUAGAUAUAUACUCAUGUAAACAUAAAAUAUUUUAGAAAGUAUAUUUGCAUAUUCGUAAGACUUAAGGUGAUAUUUAAGUACUGGUCUCUUCGUGAGAAGAAGGUAAAAUUCAGUUUUAAAGAAGAAAUGAUAUUUUUGCUAUUUUUAUGAGAAUACUACAAAAUAUUAAAAUUAUACAUUUUGUAUUAUGCCUAGGAUUAGUAACAAGUCCAGUCUUAAAUCGCAUAGAGAUAUAUUUUUGUAUAAGAGAAUCUAUUUUGCUCUUGUUAAAUAUUUAAUGUGCCAAAAAAUAAUUGACGAAAUGAUAUUGACAUUUUUAAAUUUUAUUUUUAAGUCGAUUAGUAAUUAAAUGUCAUGAAACUCUGAUUUCAUAUAUAUAGAAUUUAUAUAAUUUUCCUUCGAAUAUACUCCCUUUGUAAAUUAUUAUUAUUAUCAUAAUUUCUUACGUUAUCAAUUUUUGUUAAACUGCACUCUAUAAUUGUAUCGUUUAUCUCAUUUGUUAAAGAAAUUAUAAAUAUUUUUCUAGGCGUACAAUUCUUCUAGAAGUCAAAAUCUAUUUAUUUUCUCAUGUCUUGUAUAUAAUUAUCACUUAUCUUUCUGUAAAUUAUUUCUGUUAAUAUAAUACAAUGCUAAGUUCCCGUUUAAUAUCAAAUAAUUCUUUUACGAGACAUACAAAAUCAUAGAAGAAUAAAUAAAUUUUUAAUGAGGAAAUUU